AUGUCAGCCACCAAAGAAUCGCACUACCAAGCUCAAACGACGACAACCAACAUGCCCAACGAGGUGGAUUACGCUCUACCAUCUGACCCAGAUGCAUUUGACGUACUCCCGCCCCCACCGCCGCCGAAGAAUAAAUGGGAUAAGAUACACCGAAGUUCCUUUUUCCAGAUUUGCGUUGUAUCUGCUUUGGCCUUUUGUGGACCAGCCAUGGCAGAUGCUAUCUCGGGUCUUGGAGGCGGUGGACAAGCUACACCCUAUACCGUUAGUGCGGCCCAAGCAGCUUCGUACUCCGCUACAGCUAUCAUCUCCCUCUUCGGUGGUCCAUUAGCAUCUCGAAUGGGUAUCCGAGUCAUGUUGAUAGUCGGAGCAUCCACCUUCGCCAUCAACGGUUCAGCAUACUACGUCAAUUCCAGAUACGGUAUUCAAUGGUACCUCAUCUUCGGACGAUUCCUCUAUGGUCUGGGAUUCGGGUUCUGGUACGUCGCCGAGGCGGCUAUCAUCCUGAGUUAUCCAGAAGAAGGCAGAAGAGGACAUUAUCUCGCUAUUUGGGUGGCUGCUCGUAACCUCGGUCAACUGGUCGGAGGUUCCAUCGCUCUUGCUAGAAACGCCAGGAACGCAGCGGCCGGAGCGAUAGCCACGUCUACCUACUUGAUAUUCGUAGGGAUCGAAGCUGUCGGUUUCCCUGUCAGUUUUCUGAUUACUUCACCGGAGAAAGUCCGACGGGCGGACGGUGUCCCUAUCAUAAUGCCAGCUAAGAAGCCUAUCAAACAAGAGAUGAUAUUGUUAUGGAAAGCCAUUAUCCACCCUAGAAUGUUGUUGUUCGCUCCCAUUGCGUUUUACUCUUAUUUCCUCGGUGGGGUCAUGAGUACCUAUCUGGCGAAUUACUUUACGGUCAGAGCCAGGGCACUCUCAUCUUUCGUCGUUCCUGCGUCUAUCGUCAUGUUUACCGGUUUAUAUGGUCGGUUCGUACUCGAUAAUAAACGAUUGAAUCAACGGGCUCGUGCCCACCUCGGCUUCUGGGUAUUUAUGAUCCCCUCUCUUGCCACGUUCGCAUGGAUCUGUGCCAAUCAAGCGAAAUUCUAUGCUAUGGAGAAAGCGCCGAAAUACGAUUGGUCAGCUUCGUAUUGGGCGGUCGCAUACUUGCCUCUCCUCAUUCAACAGAUCUGUGCCUACCUCUGUCAAUCCUACAUCUACUGGUUGAUCUCAUGCUUCGUAGUUGACGUUCAAGGUAACGCCCGAAACGGAGGUAUCUUCCGAUGUGUCGAAGCCGUCGGUCAGGCAGUUUCGUAUGGUAUCAAUUCCAAUGUCAAGGCCAAAUGGGUACCUCUUGGACUCAACUUUGCCCUUUGUGUGGCAUGUAUCUUGCCCACCUUAUUGAUCGUUCGACAAGUGCCAGAAUACCGACAAGACGCGAAGAACAAACCGAGCGAAAUUACUUACGACGGUAAGAAUGAUGAGGAGAAUGUCACGGCUAUGGAUGAUAUCUCCAAGAAGAUCUAA